AAUUUGCGAUACAUCGCGGAUCUUGUUUUCGAGCAAUGGAUGUAUGCCACCUUGGAAGAAUCGACGCAUCCAAUAAUCAGCCAGUUUUUGGUCGUCGGUAAUGAUUCCAAAACCACGCUCUAUCAUCCUGUUGCCUUGCAGAUUCACUCUAUCGUGGACAUUGGCACACCUUUCCACUUCCAGUACACCACACUAGUGUAUGAAUUUAUCGAUGACACGGGCUUCGAGCCUUCCCCUGAAAUGGAACGAGAAGGCCUUCCUGACUUUUGUGGCGCGAGACGGCGUCGUAUGCUCAUGUUAUUUGUGGGUGAUGGCGAAAGCAAUUUGAAAGCCAUAGAGUAUCGGAGGAUUGAAGAAUUUUCACUUCUUACCAAGCCAGGAUGUAAAUUUCUUCUUAUUCCUCCGGUAGAAUGCAGGAAAGGAGUUCUUUUACUCAAACCUGAAAGUGUUCAGGUCAUUGGUACAGUACCACCAUAUCUUGCAGGAGGCGAUGUGGAAUCUUUAUUUUUAAAUGGACGUCCUCUUACAGUUAUUGCGCAGCGACUGAACAUUGUUGCGCUGAAAUCUGGUCCACAGUGCGUCGUUGCACCUGCUGCCAUAGCACACGUGGAUGCUCAUGUGAAGCAGAAAUCAGGUAUAAAUGUCUCAAGAUGA